GAAAGAGCGGUUUGGCGUGUAACAGGAAAGCGGGAGAUUGUGACUUUUGAUUUAUAUAAACAAAACCAAACAAAACCACUCAGCUCCACUGUUAGAGAUCAGAAAGUGUUUUGUUGUACAGAGUUGAUCACGUACAGAAUGGAUCCACUGGAUUUACCUGAAGAGGAGUUAAUUCGGUUUUUUCACUGUAAGAAGACUGAGAUCUCUUGCAUGGAGGAGCCACACACCUUCCUCAGCCAGCUACGAGACCAUAACCUGGUACCUGAGGAUCUCUACAGGAAGGUAAUAAAGAUGAAGUGUAAAAACAGAAGGCAGGACGGAGUGUAUCAGAUUUUGGACCGGCUGGAGAAGGAGCGAAGAGACUGUGUGAAGCUCUUUUGGGAUUGUGUGUUUAAGAAUCAUAUCCUGCAGAAAUAUUCAGUUCUCCGCUUGCUCCGAAACAGCCUGCGGGACGGCUCCUUCAGGUAUUAUUUGGAGCUCCCUGAUGCAGAGGAACAAGACUCAAUCCAGGGCAGUGAAGAUAAAGCAAAUGAAAAAAAGAGAAAGAAAAGCAGUGAAGGAACAGAGGAGCAGGAAAAACCAGGCCCUUCUCCUUUCUCUUAUCACAGCCAGAACAAACCAGCCAAGAAGCCCAUGUUCACCUCUCCAUUUAAGAAAGGAGAGAAGGUGGAUAUUUGGAUGUGGGAUUUUUAUAAAGCUCAGCUCCCUGUUACCUGCGGUGAUAAAGAAGGCACUCUGUUUCGAGACAAACUGGCCAGAGGGUGCAAGAGUAUCCAGUCUCAGGGUCACUGGUUUACACCAGGCGAAUUUGUGAGGUUUGCCGGCAAGGGAAACGGCAAAAGAUGGAAGCAGAGCAUCUGCUGCCAAAACACUCCGUUACAGAGACUUCUAGAGGAGGGUCAUCUUCAGUCUCCAAAAAGACACACCGUUCAGAAGAAUCUGAAAAUUCAGCUUCCAGUCAUCUCUUUGGAAGUCUCUAGCCCCGAGUCAGUAUCCGAUGUAGAGACAGAGAGAUCACGAAAAGACCAUGAUGAGGAAAGGACUCUGAAACAAGAAGAAGGUGAAGAAGAACAUGAAGAAGAAGAUGAGGAAGUGGACCUGUCUAAAUUUAACGAUUACGCUUUACCAGUCAGCUGUGGCUCUGUCAGUGGAGUUUUAUAUAAAAGCCGAUUUGCAGGUGGGUCAUGCAGUAAGAGCAUCCGAACAGAGGAGAGCUGGUUCACUCCUGAGGACUUUGUUAAACAGGAGUUAACUCAGACAGACAGACACUGGAAGAAGGAUAUACUGUGUCACGGAAAAACUCUUGAAUACCUGGUGAAGAAAAAGAUCCUGUUUGUUCAUUCUCUGCUCUGUCGAUGUGUCCUGUGCUGUGCUGAGAAUAAGCUGGAGCAGGAAAACGAUGAUGUUUGCUUCAUCUGUAACUCUCCGGGAAAUCUGGUGUGCUGUGACGUGUGUCCACGAGCCUUCCAUCAUCACUGUCACCUACCAGUGCUGCAGGACAGGACUCUGGGGAGCAAUUGGUUGUGCACAUACUGUGUGUUAAAGACUAACCAUAGAUUGUGGAUUCACAUGACCAAACAAGGAGCACUGAACAGUCAUGUUUCUGGAAACAUUUUGCGCUGUGAGUAUUUGCUGUUGUGUUUGUAUAAGGAGGACGCACUGUGCGUCUUUACUAAAGAUCCCACUGCGACGGUCCCGAGGUACACCAGAGUGAUCUCUAAACCCAUGUGGCUGGACCGAGUCAAGACCAAACUGCAGAAGAAGGAGUAUAAAACUGUGGGAGAGUUUGUAGGAGAUGUCAGGCUCAUCUUUCAGAACUGUCGCAUGUUCAACAAGGAUAAUGAGUUUGGGAAGAUGGGAGCCAGACUGAAUAAGAUGUUUGAUCGUGAGUUCCUCACCAUCUUUAAGAUCCAAUAGCGAGUUUCUUCUUUCACAACCCAGUGAAACUUUAACUGCUGUUAAUCUCUCAAACUUAAGUGUUUAAGACAUUAAACUUCAUAUUGGGUACAAAAUUCUGUCUUUAACGUAUAAAGCUAUAUAUAUUUUAGUUAUUUUUGACACACGGAUGUAUAAGCAUUAACUGUUUCUUUGUUUAAUUAAGAUUUUUUAUUUCAACAUUAAGAAAAAAGUCUUUUUGAUUUGUAUUCUUGUAAGAGCUUUUAAAAAAAAAAAGAAUUUACUUUCUUCUUAUUUGCACUUAUUUACUUUUCUGUAUUCAUUUGAUUUUGUUUAAUAUCUAGUUAGUCACAUUUAUAUGAACACUUAAAUGAAUAUUUGAUUCAUUUAUUCUAAUGAUGCUUCUUAUAGCUGUCUUCACUGUUUUCUGACUAAAAGUGUUUACUCUAUUAUGUGUACUUUUCAUUUUGCUGUACUGUCCGUUUCACUGUUUUAUUAUGUGUUGAAUACGAGGUUAAAUACUUUAUAUAUUUUAUGUCUUUUAUAGAUUAUAGUUUACAUUUUUACAAGAAAUAAAAAAAUAGUAUUUUAUCUGUUCAUCUAGCACAACCUCUCUUGGUGUGCCCUAACACAAGAUCAAUAAUAAUAAUAAUAAUAAUAAUAAUAAAUGAUGAUCUGUUCAGCUA